CUUGAUGUGACAGAUGACACCUACUUAAUUUGAUAAUCCUCAUCUUCAUCAAUUUUGAUUGGAUGUUCAAAAUUAAUGUCAUCUUCACCAGCAAUGAGGAAGUAAAAUUUCUUUGUUCUGUGGAGUAUAAAAUGGCCAACAUGAUGUGUUCCUCCAGCACUCAAUUUCCUCUGAGCUUUUGAGUGUUACAACAUACAAGCUGUGGGUACUUUAGCUAUCCAUAAUGGUGACACUAAGGAUUCUUUUAGGUAUUCUUGUCCUAUUUGUAAUUCAGGCGGAUUUACUUAAGGCUGAGUCAGAUGAUGUAGAAAUUAAUCGAGAGAUACGUAGAGGUAGACUUAGCCCUGUAGGUCCUGUAGGAGGAAUUCCUUCUGAAGCAAAACUAAAAGCAGAUGCAGCUCGUGUCCAACCUGAUUUGAAAGCAAAAUCUGUCUCUGCAUUUGUUACCUUCUGGCACUGGCGCUGUUGGGCCUGCUGGGGUGGAUGGUGGCCAAAUCACAAGAGAUGCUGGGGCUGCUGGAGAACAACUGUUUCAUGGCUGCCUUGGAGAUGCAACCAUUGGUGCUUUUAUGGUAGCUUUGGUACAAGCUGGCCAUUUUAUCACUGUUUUGGUUGUUGGUGGUCAAUCGGCAAAUAAGAUGCACCCCUUCUACAGAUUAUGAGUAAUGACGACAACAAAUGGACGAAGACCAUGAUUUCAAGAAAACAUCAUUCAUGUCAUUACAUUUAAAGUAAAUUGAAACAGAUUGAAAUAUUGAAUGUAAUGAAAUAAUUACUGCUAAAUUCAAAUAAAUUUAAAACUUCAAGAA